AUGACGCCGAGGUCCUCCGCGAGCUCGAUGGGUCUCACAGUCGGCCCUCUGAAAUCAAGGCGGGGGUGCAAAACUUGCAAGGCCCGGAAGGUCAAAUGCGGCGAGGAAAAGCCCAGUUGUGUUCGCUGCACCAGAGGCGGCCGUGUAUGCGAGUAUGAAGGCACCAAAUACGGGACCUUCUCAUCAGCAUCGUCGAUGGCUGUAAUCGAAACCCCAGUCCCAGUGGUGCCGAACAAGGCGACUAAGGAGCGACGCGCAUUUGCGUACUAUUUUCAACACGCAGCGCCGUUGAUCGGUGGGCUCGAUGCGGAUUUCUGGAGCACCAUCGUCCCGCGAGUGUGCCAUGCCGAGCCCCCGGUCUGGGACGCCAUCAUUGCUAUCAGUUCUCUGUUUGAGAGCUAUAAGCCAUGUACGCCUUUGGUUAAAUACCAGGAUGCGCUGGGCUGGUACUCGCGCUCGGUAUCUGCUGUUCGUCGUCGGAUUGAGCAUGGCAGUGUUGAUGUCUUCGUCGGACUAGUUAGCUGUGUAUUGUUUAUAUGCAUCGAGGCGCUCCAGGGCGGCGCUUUCGAGGCAAUACGGCUGUAUGGCCAGGGCGUGCAGCUCAUCCUAUCGUUACGAGAACAGAUAGCUAGCGGUGCUUUGCCUGCAUUCAAGGCAUCGUUGCUAGAGGAUGCGAUUGUCCCGAUCUUCUCGCGUCUGAGCAUCCUGGGCAAUACUCAGAAUAACAUCGAGCCUGGUUCUUUCAUGCGAGAUGCUGAUAGAAUCUUGCCGCCGACAUUCGGUUCACUCAAAGCUGCUCGCGAGCCCCUGUUCAUCCUGACUGCUGAGAUCAAGCUGUUCCAAGAAGAAUGCGAAAAGCAUCACGAUACCACGAAUGCAUACCAUGUCCCACCGGAAAUGAUUCUCCAGCAGGAUGCGCUAUCAGAAAAACUCCAAAACUGGUACACAUCAUUCACAACCCUCGCUGAAGCCCUACGGGCAAAAACAGCCCUAUCACCACAAGAAACCACCUCCAUCGCUUUACUCCUCACCCACUACGAAUCCCUAGUCGUGAUCCUCACAACCUGCGUAUCCCGCUUCAAAACCACAACAGACACCUGCCUGCAGAGCUUCCAAACCAUCGUCGAACAAUCCCGCAUCGCACUCAACGCUUCCGUCCGUCCAGACGGUACCCAGCCACCCUUUACAUUCGACAUCAGCGUCGGUCUCCCGCUCUGGUUCACCGUCCUGCGCUGCGCAGAACCAGUAACGCGCCGCGCGGCGCUGCAUUUGCUCCGCAGCGCGCCCCAGGUGCAGGGGUUCUACCCGAAUACGUUUGGGCUGGCGUUUGGCGAGAAUGUCAUGAUUGUUGAGGAGAUGUUUGCCCGUAUACUUAGCACCGGGCGUGAUCCGAUGUCUUUUCCCUUGACACUGCCGAGGGCGACGAGUCCGGUGGCUGAGACUCCACCAGACCUGAAUGGUGCAAAUCAUACCUCGUUGCCGAGUGUAAGCAAUGAAGGCUCCCAUAGCCUAUCCCCCGUAUCCACGAUCACGGGCACAUGCUUCCACAUGCCAGAGGAGGCACGUAUCAAACCGUACGGAGUGUUCUGGCCUCGAGCGGGGAUCCUGGCUCCUACGAAAGAAGAGGAUGUUGCGAAAUGGAAUGUCAGCCCUGAUCAGGCGUUCUUGCAGUUCUCGCGGAAUCGACAGGAUCCGGAGACUGGGGCUUGGAGGGUUGUUGAUGAGUGUAUUCCGAUUGAUAUUUUAUUAUAA